GCAAAGGCCAAGCCUCCAGAGACAAAACAGAGACAAUUAAUCAUAAAGCAGGAGAAAAUGACAGAUAAAGGGGCCUAAGAGGCUACCAAGGGCUCAACAUACCAAUCGGAGAUUGGUCUGAGCACUGAUGUGAGCAUAACCAGAGUGCCUGAUGCCACUGUCAAGUCUUCAUUUUCUCCAGUACAGCUUAGUAAACCAUUUUGUAGUCAUCAAUUUGGAGACAACAGGACUGAUAUCAAGGAACAGCAUGCCUCUGGCUCACAUCACACGAAUUGCUUGCCUCGAUGUAAAGAGUAAGGAAAAAUUUUCUACAUAUGUUCUUCCCAAACAACAGUUGGAUGCCAAUGUUGAGAGAGCGACAGAUAUUGUCUUCGAUGGAACAUCUCUAUAUGUGAGGGGACAGAGAGUAGCUGCAAUUCCCAUCAAAGAAGCCUUGGACAACUUCCUGGAGUGGCUGAAGAAAUUCAGGGAUGUCGUGCUGCUGGCACAUAAUAAAAGGGUUUUUGAUUUCCGUGUAUUAUGUAGUGCUAUUACAAGUGUAACCUACAGAAAGUAUUCCGAGAAACUGUUACCGCAUUUGUUGACUCUCUUAGUGUCAUGAGAAAAAAUGUUCCAAAGCUUCCAAGUUACAAGUAGGAGUGCCUUGCACGACAUUUUAGUCUACCAGACUACAAUGCACACGGUGCAGUAGAUGAUGUUCUUAUGUUAGAAGGUAUAUCUGUGCUGCAAACUUUAGUAGCU